AUGGCCACUCAUUCUUCUCCUCUACCUCCCAGGCCACAAAAACCAUCCACAAGAAAACCUACUGAAAUGCCUUUUUCCUCUUUCCGACCAAAGCCAAAACGCAAAUCCUCAUGUCGCACCUGCUGUUGUUGCCUUUGCAUCACCCUUGUCUUCCUAGUCGCAACCGCCGUUUUCUACCACUGGUUCGACCCAAAUCUCCCAACUUUCAGCCUUUUCUCUUUCCGCUUCGACAGGUUCAAACUCUCUAACGAUCUCGACGGCGCGUCUCUCUGCCAUGGCCAUGGCCGUGGCCCGCGUGGAGAUGAGGAACCCAAACACCAAACUCGUUUUCUUCUACGGAAACACCACCGUGGAAAUGAGCGUCGGCAACGGAAACUGAAGAAUCGGAAAAAUCACGGUUGGAGGAACGGCGAGGACUCUACUUUUCGUUGCUGA